AUGUUUGGCCGGAGUGCAAAAAGAGAUUGGUUCCUCGAAAGGAAGAGAUCCAGUAAUGAUUCAGAUUCAGGAGGUUGUCAAUUCAAAAAAUCAUGGCAGGGAAGGUGGUUCCAGAGUGGAGUGCCAAACUACCUGCUAAUCAACAGUUCCUUCAUCGAAACCAAAGGAGAAUGCUACGAGGAAAACAACGAUAAAUUCCUAAUUUAUGAUAAAUCAGACGAUUGCUACCGAUGUAUGGUAAUCCAUCCAAAACACGUCAGCGUACUCCAAUUCAAAGAAACCUUCUGCGAAUCGAAGGGCAGCCUGCAGGACAUCUGCCAACUGAUAACUGGCGACGCGCCUCUCUACAGCCUCUUCCGCAAGAGCCCCGAGGCCAGGCCGAUCGCGUGCCCCUUCAAGGGCGCCCCAUUCACCUUCAGCUACAACCGCAUGACAGGCGAUUGCAGCAACCCGCCGAGCAGAGCCGAAAGCUGCACCGACGACUCGCUGGAAGAGCUGGUGUGCCUCGCCACGUGGAAGGAGGGGUCGACGAGGUACCUGAUCGGGAAGAUCUCGCAGUUCGACAGAAGAAGUGCCUCCGACGAGGACCAGUAUCGGUGCUUCAUCUACCAGCGCAGCCAGGAGAACGGCAGGACGGUGUACAACGUGGCGCAACUUCAGUACGAUAUAGUCACCGAGCCAUCUUCGGACGGCCGAAAGGGCCAGAAAACAGCAAAAAUCCACGCGAAUUAUCGCUUUUCCAGUAGGAAAUGGCACGCUGAAUCGAAUGAGACCAUAAUCAGCUCCAUAGGACAGAUAGUUUUCGAGAUAUCGGCGCUCAAAGUCAGCUAUUCGCUUUUAUCGCCAAUAGGAGCACACCGCCUCGACCACCACAAGACCUACAGGUUCUCGCAACGGAACGCUACCCUCAAAAUCAUGGACGACGACCCGCCCAAACCCAACAGGCAGCAGAACUUCGCGCACCAGCAGCAGAACUUCGCGCAGCCGCAGCAGCAGAACUUCGCGCAGCCGCAGCAGCAGAACUUCGCGCAGCAGCAGCAGAACUUCGCGCCGCAGCAGCAGAAUUACGCGCAGGCGUUCGCGUUCGAGGAGUUUGGUUUCCGGUCGCAGGAUCAGCGGCGGGAGAACUCGGAGAUGAGGGUGGUAUGUCAUGGGAUUUUGCAGCAGCAGGAGCAGAAGAAGCUCCAGCAAACAGAGAAUUAUGUGGAAAACCCGGAUGAAGCCUGUGCGAAUUUUGAUACAUCUACUGCACCAUACACCACUCUUAUAACUACCACACUUCAUCCAAAGAAAUGUCCUCAAUUAGGACGAUAUACUGUUGCUGGUAUUUCCACUCAAGCCGAGAAACGAAAGAAAAGACAACAACCAGUAGACGACAAAAAUAUCGUGACUAAUCAGAAACCUGACUGCGUGAGCAAUGACUAUGAAGCCUUAGCUGUUGGUUGCAGUGGAUCCCACGAGAUGGAGUUCAGAUCAACGUGUUCUCCAGAAUCUAGUGCUUACUCCUGCCACGGCAGCUGGGAGGAAAACGGCAUUUCCUACGUCAUCACCACUCCGGUGUCCCGCAAGUCCACCGACAACCUCCGCUACUGCUUCAUCUACACGCUGGCGCCCGAGACCGACGCCGGAGUCUUGGAGGGCAGCCUGGGCAAAGGCGUCGGGCCGCCCGUCCUGCGACUGUCAGGCGUCUCCGAGAGCUGUCACAGGACCGUCGUGCCCGGCGUCACGGGAAAUUGGGCGUUCAAUUUCACCAGGAAUGGUACCUGUGCUGAAAGUGACGUAUCGAAUUCGAGUCAACUGUUAGUCCCGACUUUAAUUUUAGCCGUUCUGUCUUUGCUGUCUGUGAUUAUUAUGAGAUGAUGAAAAAAGGCAGUUCUCCAUACUUUAUCUGAAUACUAAGUGUUUUUUGCACCCCGAAAUAUGAACAGUGAUGAACAUUAGUGGAAUUUUUUACAUUAUAUUGAUUUCGGUAUGUGGAAGUAUUGAUUCUAAAUGAGCGGAAACUCGGUUUGGAAAACUUUCAACUCCGGAAGAUUUUCAAACUUCCAGGUAUUGUUGCGACACUUAGGAAUUGUUUUAGAUUUUAGAGAUGAUAACAUGGGCCUAAACUGGAUAUCUCUUUAGAAGCAAUAUUUCUACAUCGUUUAGUGAAUUUUAUUUGUUUUUUUUGUCUAUGGGAUGCUGCAGCUGGUAUUUGAGAAAAGGGCUGUUCUUUGUGAUUCUUGUUGGGCUUUUUUGAAGUAUAAAAAUUAUUUAUUUUUACUUGAGCGAUGAAUUUGUCUAUACUGUAAAAAUGUUACGAACAAAAUGAUUUCAACCACAUGGAACAAUGUACAAUAAUCAUAAUGGAUAAAUAUGGAGCUUAUAAUACAACGAAGAAAUUGCUUAAGUGUUCUGAAUAUUCUUGCCAGUAAUAAAUAAAAUGUGGUUGGAAUCAUUUUCUGAUCUAUUUAUUAAUUGAUAGACCUUUUUCCAUGAAUUUUAAUGCCAAGUACAAAACUGGAGCAACAGAUAUUUCAAUUAAUUUUCACAGCGUUUUUGAACUUUAUUUAUUUUUAUUUAUUCACCAAUUCGGUUCAUUCGGUUUGGUGUAGAUAAGAACUGUGAUUUUGAUGAGGCAGCAUGGAAAAAAAAAUGAGCUAUAGCUGUGAAAGUUUACUUUUAUCACUAUUCCUUGAUAGUUUUAGUACGACUGGCUUGAAUACGCCUGACAAGUGUAAAACGACCAUUGUUAUAUUAUACGAAUAUAGGAUAUUUUAUACUUUUGAACAUACACUGCGAACCCGUAAAAACGAGCCGAUAUUCCUGUUGAAGUCGCCAUCUUUAUAAAGCAGAGCUCACAUAUGGAAGUUAAGGUAAGCGCACAGUCAACGUACGAAAUUGAUUUUAUCUACUCCCUGCAUCGAAAGUAAGCCUUUGCUCCCUCAUUCAAGGAACAAUUAUUUCAAGAACGACGCUCUCAAAUAUAUGCGUUCAUGGAUAAAAUCAUAUACAGUGUGUCCCAGCUAAAAAUUGUCACCCCCCUAAUCUCUGAUGUCGUUGGAAAAAUUGAAAAUCGCUCGGACAGGUCGAUUUCAAUUUGGCCCUAUUCCGGUCCUGGUAUACAGGUCCCUGAAUGGUCUGUAAACGAUGCCAACGAACCAAACUUAUCUCUAAGUUUAGCAGUAUUAAACAUACAAAAUUUCAACCCAAUCGGUUCAGUCGUUUAGAUGUUAUGUGAAAAAUAUAAGUACGGAAGGAGAAUUUUUCCGUUUUUCCAUAGGAAUGAAGCGUUUUCCAGCGGUAAGAAGUAUCCUAUGUUCAUCAGGGAUAAAGUCAGCUUCUAAUGGUGAAAGAAUUUUUCAAAUCGGACUAGUAGUUUCGGAGCCUAUUCAAUACAAACAAGGAAAUAUUCUGUCUUCAUGAUAUUAGUGUAGAUAUUCGAUAUGUGGCACACAUUCCUCCACGAAUUCAAAAGACACGAUUUUGUAUAAAAAUAAAAAGUGAACAUUCAAUUCUAAGGCCUGAGGUACGUUUGGUUCAAUUCUCACUUUAGUCUCAGGAGUCUACGAAAUGCUGCUGCCGCACUUUGGCGACACUAAUCACCAUAAAUCAGAAGUAUAUAAACAAGUUCAUUAUUUUCGUAAACCUACUGCAUUAACAAAAAAAAAUGAGUAACAGGAUUUGAUUACUAGUGCUAGAAAACAUAAUAAAUUAUACUGUGGACGGAAGUCAUUUUAUAUCGACAACAAGUCUUGAAACUUGCUUAAAGAACAAAUGGAACGUUGGAAGUGUUAAUCGGAAACAAUUAGGACAAAACUUUUAGAUUAGAAAAAACAAGAGUAUACAGGGUAGGGUGUGUUAACAAAUAAGUGUCACAGCGGAUUCCUCAUAAUAAAAGAAACAUUUCUUACCUCUUCAAAUUUUUUUCUCCGGUAUUCCGUGUUCAAGAUACAGGGUGUCAAAAAAUCAAAAAUGUUCAGUUCAAUUCAACACACUUUACAACACUUGAUGAACUUAACAAUUCGAAAACCAGCAUCGAGAUCAGCAUACUCAAGAAUCUGACAUUUGAUUGAACAUAUUAUUAGACAGUUCUGAGGUGUUUAUUUCCAGUGGAUUUUCAGACGAUUUUUGGAGAUACCAUCAGGAUUUUGAAUGUUUUUAUUCAUAAAGAGCCAUUUUUCGCGGAAACUGUUGACUUUAGAGCAUUGAGACAAAAGGACGAUUUUUGUGUGAAAGAUAUUGGCGCUUCAGAAUCUACUUUGAAAAUUACAAUUUCUCCAGUGGCAUAAAUGUUUGGGGGGUUAAACCCUUACGAGGCGUUGUAUACGACGGCUUAAAUCCGUAGCAAAGACGGUUCCUGAGAGAGUAGCAAAAAACAGAUUUUUUUGUAUUUUUUGACGCCCUGUAUCUUGAUAACGGAAGCCCGGAGAAAAAUUUCUAUAGAGAAAAAAUGUUUCUUUUUUCAUGAGCAAUUUACAGUUUUCCGUUGUGACACUUAUUUGUUAACACCCUGUAUAUAACUGAAAUGUGGAUCUUAUGAGUCUUAUAAAAAAGAAUAGUAAUUAUGUUGAAAUAACCUAGCAUACCUACGUGAAUCGCCCUGUAUAUUGACUGUGUGCUUACUUUGAGGCGAAGGCGAUACGCGGUUCACUGGUGGAUUUACUUUUGUUUUGUAAUAUUGUAUACAUUAUUAUAUUGGUGUUGCCUCCCUUAUACACUAUUUAUAGAAUUUAUUCUAAAUAUUGUCUGAAAACCUGUUGUCUAUUAGAAUACCAAAAUAUUUAGGUAGGCAUUUUAUAAUGAAGUCAGUAUUCUCAUUACAAUAGCAUAAAAGUUUUAUAUAUUUGGUACUUGAAAUUGCCAAAAACAACAACAGUGGAUGUUUAUUCAGUACCUACCCCAAUGAUUUUGCCUAGGAAAAAUUUUUUUCUCAAAUGAGGCAUUCAUCAAGUACUCAAUUUUUCCUGAAUUUAUCGUUGAAAUGAUCGCCAAUACAUUACAUUUACAAUUUUUUUCCUGUUUUAGCUAUCACCUAGUUUUAUUUUAUUUAUAUCAACAAUGAGAUUCAUCAACAUUCAAUUUUCUACUGGGAGCAUGGAAAUACAAUGCUUGUUUUGCUUAUACGUUUUCC